AUGGAGAAGUUGGCCUUUGCGUUGAUAACUGCUGCGCGAAAACUCAAAUCGUACUUCCAAGCACACACAAUCGUUGUCUUAACGGACAAGCCCUUGAGAAUAGCUAUGAGUAGCCCCGAGGCAGCAAGAAGAAUGGCUUUAUGGGCUGUAGAACUCAACGAGUUUGACAUACAGUACCGUUCGCGAACAGUUGUAAAAGGACAGGUGGUGGCUGAUUUCAUCGCCGAAUUCAAUCUUGGAGACGGCCAGGGGGCAAAGGAUACGCAACAGUGGAAUAUUUAUACAGACAGAUCUUUAAAUAGAAGAGCAGGAGGGGCUGGCAUAGUGAUCCAAACCCUAGAGGGGGAUAAGAUCGAGUGCAUGAUCCGACUAGAUUUCCCCACAACCAAUAACGAGACAAAAUAUGAAGCCUUGGUGGCAGGGCUAGACCUCACAAAGGCUGUAGGUGCUGAAAACGUAGUCGUACAUUGCGACUCACAUGUAGUAACAAAUCGGAUUAAUGGCGGCUACGAGUGUAAGAAUAAAAGGAUGAAGAGGUAUCUAGAAGAGGUAUUGUCAUUUGUCCAAGUCUCCUCACUUAUUGAUGACGGAACAAAUGUGCAGGAACUAAAUUCUGAAAGCAAUUGGACUACGCCUUUGAUAUCAUACCUCAAGACUGGCGUGUUACCAGACGGUAGUGAUGCCACUAGAAAGGUGAAGGUCCAAGCAUCACGAUUCAUGCUGAUAAAAGGUGUUUUAUACAAAAGAGGAUUCUCUCGGCCGUACCUGAGGUGUCUAUGCCACGAAGAAGCAGAUUACGUAAUGAGAGAAGUCCACGAGGGUAUCUGCGAAAACCACUCUGGGGCGCGGUCAUUAGUGCACAAGUUAAUCCGAGCAGGAUACUACUGGCCUACAAUGAGGAAGGAUGCACAGGCCUAUGUCAACGCCUGCAACAAGUAUCAAAGGUUUAGUAAUCUCAUCAGGCAACCAUCCGAGGAACUAACCCCCAUGACGGCCCUUUGGCCCUUCGCUCAAUGGAGACUAGAUAUCAUGGGCCCCUUCCCAGCAGCAGUUAGGCAGUUAAAAUUUCUGGUAGUUGGUAUCGACUACUUCACUAAGUGGGUGGAAGUAGAAGCCCUAGCCACUAUCACGGAAAGGAAUAUUCGGAGUUUUGUUUGGAGAAUAUCAUAUGCAGGUACGGGAUACCCAGAGUGCUUGUCUCUGACAACGGAAAGCAAUUCGACAACAGCGCAUUUAGGGACUUUUGGUCGGGGCUAG